ACGAGGGCGGGGUAUCCAAACCAAGCCCCUUUUGUGUCAUGAAAGGAAGAGGCAUUAGCGCACAAAGCUAAAAUCUACGAGACGCCCGGAGGAGAGAGGCCGACGUAGGUCAUGCCGCCCAUUAAAGUCAAGGAGUAGCGAACCAGCUCAACAAAAACGAGUCUGCUCUUUCUGGCUACCUCUUGUUCUCACAGGCUAGCAGCGCAAACGCCACCUCCACAAUGUGGUCGCCACCGCCACCAACCACCCGCCUCCACCCCACACCCUCUCUCUCAUUUUCUUAACCUCUUUUUCCGUCUCACUCUCCCCCCCCCUGUGUGUGUGUGUCUCUCUCUCUCUCUCUUUUGCCGGCGCUUCAUUAUCCGGCGAAUGUCCGUCGGUUGUGAUUCGCCCACAAACUCACCGAGAAAAAUAUGCAACAGACGAUCCUCAUUCCCUCUGAAGAAGGCAUCAAUCAUCCAAGCACACCUGCUGCCAACGAAGUGAAUAAGAAAAAAUCUGAACUAAAAGAGCAAGAAAUUGAGCUAGUGGUCCCACCUCCCUGUCUAGUGCUCGGUCGGCCUCGGACCCAAGCUGGGUUGCGGCGCGUGACACCUACCGUCUCUGCCUCCGCCCCCAAUAAUGUCACCACCCGCACCGUAGAGAAAGCCGUCCUGAACGGAGAUCUUUAUACUGGCACUUUACUGCGGAAUGUGCCGCACGGCACAGGUAAAUAUCUGUGGGCGGAUGGCUGCAUGUAUGAAGGUGAAUGGAAGAGAGGUAAAGCCUGUGGAAGAGGCAAGUUCUCCUGGCCAUCUGGGGCUACCUAUGAGGGUGAAUUCAAGGCGGGUCGAAUAGAUGGGCACGGCACAUUCAUUGGUACUGAGGGCGAGAUGUACCGUGGGACGUGGGUCGCUGAUCGGAAACAUGGGCUUGGUGAGAAGUGCUACGCGAAUGGGGAUGUGUACGAAGGAUCGUGGAGGAACAAUUUGCAAGAUGGGGAAGGUAGGUACGUGUGGAAGAAUGGGAAUGAGUACGUGGGUGAGUGGAAGAGUGGUGCGAUCUCAGGGAAAGGAGUUUUGAAUUGGACAAAUGGAAAUCGAUAUGAGGGUUCUUGGGAGAACGGUGUUCCGAAGGGGCAGGGAGUGUUCACUUGGGCAGACGGAAGCAGCUCUGCUUGGAAUUGGGAGAAGAAUGCUCAGAUGAUGAUGGCGAGCAAGAGGUCGUCGGUGGACGGAUCGAAGAAUGUCAAUUUCCCGCGGAUUUGCAUCUGGGAACUUGAUGGAGAAGCUGGAGAUAUUACUUGCGAUAUCGUUGAGCCAUCUGAGUUAUACAGCGACGUUAGCGAAUCUGUUCACGGAGAAGAAGCAACUGCCGGCGAGUUCCAGAAGAGUCCAUGUCGGUCAGUCGAUGGCGAUUUCAAGAGACCAGGUCAAACUGUAUCGAAGGGGCAUAAGAAUUACGAUCUGAUGCUCAAUCUUCAACUGGGUAUCAGGUACUCUGUUGGGAAGCAUGCUUCCGUUAUGCGAGAACUCAGGCAGGGAGAUUUUGAUCCAAAGGAGAAGUUCUGGACAAGGUUUCCACCAGAAGGAUCUAAGUUUACGCCUCCGCAUCAGUCAGUGGACUUCAGGUGGAAAGACUACUGUCCAAUUGUCUUCAGACAUUUAAGGGAUUUAUUUGCAAUAGAUCCGGCGGAUUAUAUGCUGGCUAUUUGCGGAAAUGAUUCACUCAGAGAGAUGUCAUCUCCUGGGAAAAGUGGAAGCUUCUUUUACCUUACUCAAGAUGACAGAUUCAUUAUUAAAACCGUGAAGAAGUCGGAAGUCAAGGUGCUCAUCAGGAUGCUUCCAAGUUACUACAACCAUGUUUGUCAGUACAAGAACUCCCUUGUUACGAAAUUCCUCGGCGUUCAUUGUGUCAAGCCUAUUGGGGGUCAGAAGACCAGGUUUAUUGUAAUGGGCAAUGUGUUCUGUUCUGAGUACCGGAUCCAUAAGAGGUUCGACCUCAAAGGUUCUUCUCAUGGUCGCACAACAGAUAAGCCCCAGGAAGAAAUUGAUGAGACCACCACCCUCAAAGACCUUGAUCUUAAUUUUGUCUUUCGCCUGGAACAUUCUUGGUUUCAGAAGUUUAAAUGGCAACUGGAUAGGGACUGUGAAUUCUUGGAGUCAGAGGGAAUCAUGGAUUACAGUCUUCUGAUUGGUCUUCAUUUUCGUGAUGAUUACUCAGAUGAUGAAAAGAAAAGUUCACCAUAUGAUUUGCGUUCAGGAAAGAGAAAUUUUCUUGGCGAUGAGAUGCAGGAUAUGAGGUGGAUACCUAGUAGCCGGGAGCCUCUAAUCCGGUUAGGAACAAACACGCCGGCCAGGGCUGAGAGAGUGGGUAGGGUAGGAUUGGAGCAAAAGGGUGGUGGAAGUAGCAAUUCACCCCCUUCUGAUGGUGGUGAUGACGGUGGUGAGAUAUUAGACGUCAUCCUCUUCUUUGGUAUCAUUGACAUUCUCCAAGACUAUGAUAUUACAAAAAAGCUAGAACAUGCAUACAAGUCCCUGCAAGUGGAUCCCACCUCCAUCUCAGCCGUUGAACCCAAGCUAUAUUCAAAAAGAUUUAGGUUUUUCAUACACAGAAUCUUUGUAGAGGAUAGAUGACACGCAGGGAAAGAAAGUGACAACUUCUGGAAUUGAACCAUGACUAAUUUUGAGCAAGCUUAAGGUGACAACACUCCUAUUCUCAGAUGACCCUACAGGGCAUGUAUAUCAGUGAAUGCUGCGAAACAAACACAACUUGGAGGUUUUUGUUGAUGGCUACAUUUUUCUCAUAGCCGUUACAGAAAGAAAUUGGGUAGGGGAGGAGUGUCCCAAGCUCUAUCAAUUCGGUUGUUUCAUCAUCUUCUUUUAACCUAUUUUCAAACACAUUAAAGUAAUAUGUAUCUGUUCUUUCACUAUUAAAAAAGAAGAAAAAAAAGAGUGGGGGAGGGAAGGGAAAAAAAAGGAGGCAUGGAUAUCAUUUUGUUUUUUUUAUUUGGGGAGAGAGAUUGACAACUUAGCUUGUACAUCCCAGGACAUGUGGUGAAGCCGUGAAGCAUAUGUAUAUUUUUUGUCCUAUUGUUUUUUUUUUCCUGGUGGAAGAUUGUGCCAUGCGGAGAAGGGUGUAGUAGUGUUUAUUUACCGGUUUAGGCAUGGAGGAGAGGGGAUUCAAAUUGUACAGUCAAAGAUGAUGGAUAAUGGAACUGAGAAAUGAGAA